CUAGCUAGAACCCACUCGCUCGGUAGUCACUCCCUAUCUUUCUAUAGUUCCAAUAUUGGAUAUGGAAGCGGAGCAAGCAACCAAAAUGAGCAUUAACGCAGAAGAAGCAAAGCCCCAUCAACCCGCAAAGAAGCCAAACCACAUCAAGCUAUUCCUCUUGCUCUUGAACUGCGUGUUGCUCACAGUCGGCCAGGUGGCGGGCCCGUUGCUUUCCCGUAUGUACUUCCUCCACGGCGGCAAAAAGCGGUGGCUCUCCGCUUGGACCGUCACCGCGGGCUUCCCAAUCUUGAUCUUCCCCAUCGCCAUAUCGUACCAGGCCGCCAAGUCCAGCAGGCCCAAGGGCAGCCGCUUCUUCCUCACCAGGUGGCUGUUCUGCGCCAGCUUGCUGUUGGGCCUCGUUCUGGGCUUCAACAGUUACCUCUAUUCCUUCGGAACCGCCUUCCUCCCCGUCUCCGUGAAUUCCCUCGUCAGCUCCUCCCAGCUCGCCUUCACCGCCGUCUUCGCCUUCAUCAUCGUGAGGCAGAGGUUCACCCACUACUCCAUAAACGCGGUCGUGUUGAUGACGUUUGGGUCCAUCAUCCUGGGAUUCCACAUGGACAAAGACGUCCCCAAGGGGGAGCCGCUGACCAAGUACGUAUUAGGGUUCUUCAUGACCAUUGGCGCGGCCUGCUUUCACGGGCUGUUCAUGACAUUGCUGGAGUACACGCAGAACAAAGCCGGUGUCCCCAUCACCUUCGACAUCGUGAUGCAAGUUCAGUUCGUUAUAUCCAUGUCAUCCACUUUGUUCUGUACCCUCCCCAUGAUCAUCAAUAAGGACUUUGAGACACUGGGCGAAGAGGCAGCCCAAUUCGGGCUGGGGGAAGGGAAGUACUACAUGAUCCUGAUCCUGGCAACAGUGGCGCUGCAGAUAAUGAUCAUUGGGAGCCUUGGAGUGGUGUUGAGCUCGUCUUCUCUCUUCGCCGGCAUCAUCACGGCACUGUUAGUCCCCGUUCAACAGGUUUUCGCGGUCAUUACCUUAAGGGAAGGGUUCAACGCGGAGAAGGGAAUGGCGUUGGCGCUGUGCCUCUGGGGGUUCGCGUCUCACUUGUAUGGAGGCUACAAGGCCAAGAAACAGCCGAAAUGUAACCAAGAAGAUGAACUAUCUCAAGUUCACAAAGAGGAGGGCCACGUGUAACCCGCCAGUUCGCUGCCACGUCAUUGAAAGAAGUGUUGUUGUUGUUGUUGGGAAAGAAAGGCUUUCUUUCUUUCCUUUAUUUCUUGUCCAGCACGUCACCUAAAAAAUGUGAUAGUGAUUAGGAGGAGGGAGACGGGUCAUGAGAGCUUUCUUAGCUAUAAGCUCCCAUCCCACGGCCCCUUUUCUAGUGAAUAAAAUUGUGAGAAAGACAAAUGGUUGAGGAAGUGAUUGGGGGGAAGAGAAAAGGUGUCAAAUGUGUCGGUACUAUUUCGUGUGUCAGUGUUGUUGUGUGUCACUAGUUUCAGUAGUGUUUUCCGUUGCAUCAUGAUAUAUAGCUUUAUGCAAAUUGGAGUGGUCUUGUCACAAUUGAUGUUAUUUCUUUUAUGAUCACCAUGCAUUAUUAUUCGUCCAAUUCUCGAAACAAUAAUUUCAGAUGAUAAGA